AUGUACGCCGCCACAGCUGCAGCAGCCCGUCGCGUCGGGAGGAGUAUCCCCUCAGCAGCAGCAGCAGCAGCAGCAGCAGCAGCAGCAGCAGCAGGAGCAGCAGCAGGAACAUCAGCAUCAGGAGCAGCAGGAUUAAGGGGCCUUCGUUUGUUUGCUGCUCCUCUCUGCAGCAGCAACAAGCGCUUCUUCUCUAGUCUUUCUGCUGCAACACAAAGAAAUACAAAUACUACAUCAAUCGGCAACAGAGAUGAGACAGCAGCCAUCGAUAAAUUCACAGGGAUCCCUCAAGGAGCAUUCAAUCAACCUAAAGCAGAAAUAACUACGCUUUCUAACGGUAUUCGCGUUGCUUCAAUUAAACUGCCCUUUGCACGUUCGAUUACUGUCGGUGUUUGGAUUGACAGCGGCAGCAGAUUUGAUAAAAAGAAUACAAAUGGUGCUGCUCAUUUUCUUGAACAUAUGGUCUUCAAGGGGACAAAGAGAAGAAGCAGAGUGCAGCUAGAAAAAGAAAUAGAAAAUAUGGGUGCGCAUUUAAAUGCAUAUACUUCAAGAGAACAGACAGUAUACUACGCGAAGGGUUUUAAGGACGACUUAGGCCGAUGCUUGGAUAUUUUGUCGGACAUUUUGUUAAAUUCAACAAUUGAUAAAGAGGCAUUAGAAAUUGAAAAAAGAGUUAUUUUGAGAGAAAUGAAAGAAGUAGAAAAACAAACAGAAGAAGUAAUAUUUGAUAGACUUCAUAUGACGGCCUUUCGUGAUAGUCCUUUAGGGUUUACUAUAUUAGGAUCUGAGGAUAAUAUUCAAAAUAUGAGACGAGAAGAUAUAAUAGAUUAUAUUGAAAGAAAUUAUACGGGUAAUAGAAUGGUAGUUGCAGCAACAGGCGACGUUAAUCACAAGGCAUUCGUUGAACAAGUACAAAACUACUUCUCUUCUGUUCCUACAGCUAAACCUCAAACUAUUAAACUUCCUGAAGAAAAACCCUUCUUCUGCGGCUCUGAACUUAUUCAUAGAAAUGAUGACAUGGGUCCUAUCGCCCACGUCGCCGUUGCAUUCGAAGGAGUCCCUUGGAAAUCACCAGAUGUUGUAGCGUUUAUGUUAAUGCAAUCGAUAAUAGGGUGUUAUAGAAAGUACGAUGAAGGUCUUGUGCCCGGGAAGCUGAGCGCUAAUACAACAAUUCGCAACUUAGCAAAUAAAAUGAACACAGGAGCAGCCGAAAUGUUCUCAGCUUUUAAUACUUGUUACAGAGACACAGGGCUCUUUGGUUUCUAUGCUCAAUGCGAUGAAGUUGCAGUUGAGCAUUGCGUUCUUGAUCUUAUGCACGGUAUUACUUCUCUUUCUUAUAGCGUAACUGACGAAGAAGUAGAGCGAGCCAAGGCACAACUUGCA